AUGCUCCGGGAUCAGCUUGGUCUCAAUGUCCUGGCCCUGGACUCGAGCGAGACUCAAACGCGUGGCGCGGCCCGCAUGGACACCUUGAAAUCUGUUCGCCGAGCGCAGAACAAGCUCCACGCACCGCUCUUUGAAGACGGGUCGGCACCCCCAGCUCAUCUCCCCGACAACAACCAGAGUCCGCGCGGUUCGCUGACUUAUGUGACCGCUAAAAUCGACACUCCGUCCCUCCUCUCUUCCAUCGACGCCUGGCUGGAUGAUCGUCGAGAAUCGACCACUGUUGUCAAGACCCCGGUUUUGUUCACCGCCUUGCAUGCAUGCGGCUCUCUGACACCCGACAUCCUCCGUGCUUUUGUGGCCGCAUACAAGGAUUCUAGGGCUGCGGACUGGCGUCCCUGUGCAGCCGUCGUUGUGGGAUGCUGUUACAACAUGCUUCGGUCUCCAGACCUACUGGUGUCCGAACUUUCUUGCCACUUCACACUGCCAGAGCUACUACCCAGCCAUCUCCAGCUUGCGGCUCAAGUCCCAUCUGAGUGGCUGCGGAGCGAUGCCUCCAUGCAGGAUGCGUCUGAAGCCAUCAAAAAGUUGCGCAAGCUUUCAGUUAGCCCUCAAGUUCAAGGCACUUUAUCUGCAGUAAAAUUGGGGAAGCUACCAUCAGCUGCUUACCAGACCUGGGACGGAUAUAUGGACUUUGUAUAUUGUAAGCUGGGGCAAUCAGAAUUAUACCAACAGAUUGCAGUGUUUCAUGUUAUGAGGUGCAUUCUAGGUCCUGUGGUGGAGACUUUGUUGCUAAUGGAUCGUCUGAUCUGGAUGCGAAAACAACUGCUUGGGUUUAACUGUGAAGCUGAGCUUAUGAAUGUCUUUAAUCAAGCUAUGAGUAGUGGUAGAAACAUAGCGAUGUUGUUAUACUAG